UCCGGUCCAGAUGACGACGCGGAAACAGAAAAAAAGGAAAGAAAAGAAGAAGGGAAGAAUAGAGGAAAAGAAACUGGGGAAGAAAUGAGAAAAGGCUUGGAAGAGCUUCAGAGUUCCUUAACACAGCGGAAUAUGUACUGACUCUUUAGACAGUUCUCUGAACAUUUAAGUGAUAAACAUUUCACGUAGCUCUAGUGUGCUGAUAUGGCUGACUGACUAAUGAACGCUGCCUGGUUAUCGGGUUGACCGUUUUACUAGUUAGCUAUUCCCUGCUAUCGGGUUCACUUUUAAUAGCUAGCGCUGCCUGGUUAUCGGGUUCACAAUUUGCAUCGCUCCAUCUCUUUGAGCUGCGCCUGUGAGGAUGGCGACAACGGCUCUGUACGCGUGUACGAAGUGUAACCAGCGGUACCCGUUUGAGGAGCUUUCGCAGGGACAGCAGCUGUGCAAGGAAUGCCGGAUAGCGCACCCUAUAGUGAAAUGCACAUACUGCAGAUCGGAGUUCCAGCAGGAGAGCAAAACGAACACAAUUUGCAAGAAGUGUGCUCAGAACGUGAAACAGUUUGGGACGCCCAAGCCGUGCCAGUACUGCAACAUCAUCGCCGCCUUCAUCGGCACAAAGUGCCAGCGCUGCACCAACUCGGAGAAGAAGUACGGUCCGCCACAGCCCUGCGAGCAGUGCAAGCAGCAGUGCGCCUUCGACCGCAAGGAGGAGGGGAGGAGGAAGGUGGAUGGUAAACUCCUCUGUUGGCUCUGCACGCUGUCCUACCGGCGCGUCCUACAGAAGACCAAGGAGCAGCACAAGGGCCUCAGCUCGUCUCACUCCAACUCCUCGUCGCUCAGCGAUAAGGAGCACCACCGGCAAAGCGUCUCCCACCGCAAGCUGAGCAGCAGUUUGAGUCCAGAGCAGGACCAGGGCCUGUGGAAGCGGAGCCAUAAGUCAUCGAUCCAGAAUGAAACCCCAAAGAAAAAAGCCAAGCUGGAGACCAAGCCAUCGAACGGAGACAGCGGGUCCAUCACCCAGUCCAUGGACUCCGGGACCACGGACAACUUCAUCCUGAUCAGCCAGCUGAAGGAAGAGGUGAUGACACUGAAGAGAAUGCUGCAGCAGAGAGACCAGACCAUCCUGGAGAAGGACAGGAAACUGACAGAGCUGAAGGCCGACUUCCAGUACCAAGAGUCCAAUAUGAGAUUGAAAAUGAACAAUAUGGAGAAAGCACACAAGGAGGCGAUGGAGCAGCAGCAGGCCAAGAACCGGGAGCUGCUCAAGCAGGUGGCAGCACUCUCCAAGGGCAAGAAGAUUGAGAGGGCAGGGGGCACGCUGCUAUCACCAUGACGGCACCCCCCCCCCCCCCCCCCCCCGACAGAGUGACGAGGGCUCUCUAAAGGAGCCUCUCUCUGUGGUUUCGAUCGCUCAUCUCUUUGCUAAUGGACAUAACUCAACACCUUUGUUUCACACUGACUCACGCAUACACUGUAAUGCUUGCAUUCAUCCUUCAAACACGCCAGCAUCAUCGUGGUCUGGUCCAGCUUCCCCGAGGAGUGUCAUCAGAGCGAAUUGCCUGGUCCGGCUUCCCCAAGGAGUGUCGUCAGAGUGACACCACCCUGUCCAGCUUCCCCGAGGAGUGUCAUCAGAGAGACGCCGCCCUGUCCAGCUUCCCCGAGGAGGGUCGUCAGAGAGACUCCGCCCUGUCCGGCUUCCCCGAGGAGUGUCGUCAGAGAGACGCCGCCCUGUCCGGCUUCCCCGAGGAGUGUCGUCAGAGAGACGCCGCCCUGUCCGGCUUCCCCGAGGAGUGUCGUAAGAGCGACUACGCUUGGUCCGUGUAGUCCAGCUUCUGAGAACUUUCUAGUUGUACAAAAUGUUAAACAGGACCUGGAACAUUACCCACCAGGCAGACAUAGGCUUCUGUCUGAAUCACCUUGGGAACAGAACCUGGAUCAGUUUUUAUAUGCCUAUGGUCGUUUUUAUAAUGUUUAAUUUUUAUUUAUAUGGAUUUCCCUUGUCUGUGUAAAACAACUGGUUCAUGUUGAUGGCAGAUACCUUGUUUGUAUUUUUAAUGACGUCAGUAUAAAAUGUGGCGCUUGUACCUGGGGGCGGCCGCGCCAGUGACACUGGUGCAGGCAGGACGGUUGGGGGCCCCUUUCUGCAGCCACAGAUGCCGUUGCGUCCUGGUCCCCGGGUGAAACUAAGCAGCGUGUGGCGGGUGGAGUUUCUGGGUAACCACAAAUGCCAAGCAGCAGCGUGAGGUUUGUGCUGUUUCAGGAGCUGCGCCUUCCCCUCGGCAUGUCGCUGCCGGGGAGUGGCUGCGUGGCCUCCUGCCGGUCUGGAGACAGCUGGUAGCAGCGCUGCAUGUGGAGAGCAGCAGUGCAGGUCGUUUCAGAGCUGAGCCUCGCAUCCGUAUUUAGUGGGCAAUUCUUUUAAAGAUGACAUCCUGCCUGCAAGGGCGCUUUUGUACUUUUUUCCAAAUGCAGUGUUUCAGAGAAUAUUAAACCUAAUAAAACAUCA